AUGGAUCCAGAUCCGCCGCCGCCGUCCGCUCCACGAAAGGUCAAGUUUGCUCCUAAAGCACCCGCUCGCAGCAGAACGCCGAAGCCCCCAGCCGCGAAAAUCGAGGCGGCGGAUGACGACGGCGAUGAGGACGAAGCUGCUAGACGGCGUCUCUCUCGUAGAAUCAAUGAGAAUCUCUCCAGGCGAAAUGCGAAAGCAGAAAGCAAAUCAUCAGACCAAGUCACGUUUUCGCUUAAUGCUCCAUUGACUAUUUUACGGACAUAUGGGAAACAAUAUGACAAAAGUGAUUCAGCUGAUCCAGAGACACUCUACGGCACCAGUGAGGCAGCUAAGACGAAAAAGGAAGCUCCUGACGUCAUGCAAAAGCUUGAUAGGACUAUAUCAACUUCAGGACAAGGAUUCAAUGAAAAUUAUGUGGAUUUCUCUAAUAGUGCUCUGGCUGUGAAGACGAAAAGAGAAUAUAAAGAACCUUGGGAUUACCAUCAUACUUACUGCCCUAUUACCCUACCUUGGAGGAGGCCUUAUUCUGGAAAUCCAGAAAUUCUUGACAAAGCAGAAUUUGAAGAUGCUUCAGAAUAUGACGAAAAUACUGUGUCUUCUGCUUCUGACCUUGGAUUGCUGGACCUAGAUGAUACACCGGGAAUGCUUCUUUUCAAAUUUCCUUCUAAUCUUCCCUUAGACAAUUCUCGGCCACCAAGGAGCUCAAAAGGCAAAGAAAUAGCUGGGAGCUCUUUAAAUCAAGAACGUGAGCAUCCCUCUGAGAAAGGCUGUAAGUUGGAGGAGUUGCCCGAGGGUCUCAUGGGGAAAAUGCUGGUGUACAAAAGUGGGGCCGUGAAGUUGAAGUUAGGAGAUGUCUUGUAUGAUGUUUCGCCCGGUUCAGACUGUAGUUUUGCUCAAAGAGUGAUGACCAUCAAUACCGCAAAUCACGAGUGUUGCGAGUUAGGAGAACUGAGCAAGCGGGCCGUGGUAACUCCUGAUAUUGAUUCGUUGAUGGAUAACUUGAUCGAUCUUGGGUAA